AUGAAACACAUAAAACCCAUCAGUGGUGUUAACAAACUUGUAGAGGCAAUUCAUGAUAUUAUUCAAAAUAAACAGCAAUGUCAGACUGUAGAGUAUGAUAUACAAUUUAUUUGCUGUUCUUGUGAUAUUAGUGAAAAUGAAAGGGAAAAUAUGACGAGAAAACAGAAAAAAAACAUGUAUAUGACAGCAUGGAACCUGUUGCAAAAAAAGGUUUGUAGAGGAGAUUCAAAAGAGGUAUUCAACAAUGGAUCCUAUAAAAAAGAAAGAAUUAUCUUGCAAACACUGACAAAAUUACCAAUCUUUAGAUGGUAUAGAUAAGAAAAAAUUAUUCCACAAACGCAAAGAAAAAUACCAAUCCAUGGAUGCGACAAAAAAGAAAAAAUUAUUUCAGAAAUGCACAGAAAAAUACGAAUCAAUGGACACAGAAGCCAAAAGAGAUCUAUUGAAUAAAAGAAAAGAGAGAAUCAAAGUCAAAGCCACAUCUAUUGAAUCACGUAUUAAACCGUUUAAGAAGAAAAUGAGAGAAGGCCCUUAUUUCAUAUGUACUCUCUAUAAUCGAAUACUUUAUAAAAAAAUAGGUCCGCAAUGCGUACUUGUGUGGGAUUUCAUUGACAAAGUGUUUGCGAGGGGUUUUUGAGCGGAAGCAAACCUGUCGCUCACCGUGAGUCAACUGUACUACAGGGGUGAUAUUAGGCCUGGAAUCAACAGCCUGAAUAGUAAUUUUUGUGCAGGAAUUAUUUGAACAAAUACAGAUUCACAGGAGAGAUCUGGGGUAUUAACUUAUACUUUUAUCAAGCAAUAUGCCUUUCCCUCCCUCCCUGGAAGCCUUUUGGCGUGUUUUUGAACGUUUGGUAAUCGUCUUCAACAAAUAAAUUACCUCUUGGUGGCUUAGGCUAUUUAUUUGUUUAUACGGCAAUACUGGAAAUACUUGGAGCAGUAAAUAUUUUCGUAACAGUCAUUAAAAAAAAAUUGAAAAAAUUUCUGCUACUACUGUUUAACUCGUGGAUACACGAUAGCGUAGAAACGAGUUCUUGUGGGCGCUCUACGAUAUGCAAAUUAGCGUGGACUCUUCGUAAUUAGUCGUAAUUAGUCUGCUUCGAACUCGAGAUCUAUCCUUCCGAAGAAGUAAGUCCAAAGUCCUGGCGCUAUUAUGAUUGCACUGAUCGUUGCGAUAUUUAUUGUCUUUACACGCCUGUUUCGACAUUUACUAUAUUGAAAUGGACUUCAAAUGUUUCAGAUUAGUGCUAUGAUCAACUUAAAAACCAAAUUUGAAGGGUCUUCGAAUCGUCCAUGCGCUAAACAUAACGAGGACCAGCGAGAAUCACGAAGACUUUGUGAGUGACAGCAAGCUGUUGACACAGAAAUUCCCACGGAAACAUGUACCCAUGACAUAAAAAAAAUGGUAAUUUGCAGCAUUAUUUCUUUCUACGCCAAUUUGGGUCUUUCCGUUGUAAUCGUUUCGUUUUGUUAUUCUUCUAUGCAAACGUGACUGUUUUGAUGGUAAGAAUGAAAGAUGAUCACUUUCAAGAAGUCGUUGCCGAGCACGUGACUAUAAUCUGGCCGGUGUUGUUUUGAUCACUUGACGAUCUUUUUCGCUGAAAAUACAGGACGACUUCCUAUUUCAAGGAAUGUUUUUCCAAUUAAUUUAUAUCGCAUCGGUGUAAAAAAGUACAGGUAUAUGGGUGUUCUGAAAAACAAAAGGGAAAUUCAAAACUACGAGAAAUUGCGAGUAAUCGGCCUCUUCUGCUACACGCGGGUUUUUUUGGUGUAACAUGCGUGUGUUUCCCAUAAGUUACAAGCACUUUACGCACGUGGGAAUGCUGCAAUCACGAAUUUUAGAUUACGUGAAAGUCACGCAUGUGGUUGUUUGCUCACCUUACUAAUAUGUUUGUUUGCUUGUUGUUGUUUUUUUUGGUAUCCUGGAGUAUUUCAGGAGGAGUUGCAGACUUAACUGUGGAAUAAUUGUUUAAUGCAAGGUUGUCAAUAAAGGUUGCAGUUAGAAAUUAGCCAAGAUGCUAAAGGAGCUGUCUUGAAAUUUCAAGACUGUGUGUUAUGUAGUUUAUUUUUGUCUUUUGUAAAUGGUUGUUAAACUGGACAACUCUUAGAAAGAUGACUUCAAACUUAAUUUUAAAAGGCCUGUUCUGGUACCAAAUGAAUAAGCAGCAUUUCCUUAUUAAUAGUUUUUUGAGUUUCUCAUUACAAAUUCCUCUGAAAAAAAGGGAAACAACUCUUUUCAUAACUAUUUACUGCUUUUUUUGUUGCUCUCUUAACUUAAAAACAAUGUACAUCAUGAUAAAGUAAUUUGUUAGAGGACACCGUGAAAUGAGGCCUAAACAGCUUUAUGAUCUGUGAAAUAUGUUGCUAAAACAUCUGCUUGUAUAUCAAUGUUAGAUAUAUUUGUAUAUAUAUGAUCAAUUACUGUGUUGUUGUCAGUUGUAUAAGUUGAUAUGAACUGUUUGUAAUGGUUAUCCCUCACUAGUAAAUUAUACAAAGGUCUUCUGUCUGUUUCAACAAGCCAAUUUAUAUUAAAGUCUCCAGUAAUGUUAUUGUUGUCUGGUGAAAUGUUAUUUAAUACCUCAGUUAUUGCUUCAUAAAGUUGUCUUACAGGCACGUUUGGGGAGUGAUAUAUCCCUAUGAUUAUUCAAUCCUAAAGACUUGCUAACUUAAUUACUGUUGUUUCAACACCAUGUAUAUUGUGACAAUAGGGGUAUCCAGGUAAGUAUGGGAUUUUACUGUACACAGCUGUACCACCAUAAGACCUUGAUCCAUUGCUGGAAUUAAGGUUAUCAUUACGGAAGAGAACAUAACCAGCAAUGUCAUACAUGUCAUUAUUAUCUUGAGAAUUAAAUCUUGUUUCUGUGAAAAUAUUGAUAUCAGCACUUAGAUAAAUUAAGUCUUUACGUAUAUCUUCUAUGUGUUUGUGAAGAGACCUUACAUUAAGAUAACACAGUUUAAGAAGGGAAAAUGUUAUGUCAUGGAGAGGGGAGAUGCAAAGCUUAAGUUUUGCAGUUGUUCUUAAUCUCUCCAUCUGGAUUAACAGCAAUCUUGCUUUCACACAAAUCAGAAAUAUAUAGGCCUUCUAUAGCAGUCACUCUACUGAGUCCCACAUAAUGUAUGUGUGGAAUAGUAUUUCUGGUACUAAAAUCCACAACAAUUCUACUGUCAGUAUCACCUUGUGACUUGUGAAUUGUUUUUGCUGCUGCGGGAUGCAGUGGAAAUUGUUUUCUAACAACUUGUGCUGUUCUGUUUCUACCUACCGCAAACUGUGUAGUCACAGGGUUUACUGGGGUCCAUGUGUGUUCAAUUCCUUGCACAUACAAAUGUCUUUUUUCAUUCCUUGUUUUCUGACCUACAUCUGAGUGGUCAAAUUGUACCCAUACAAUACCAGAUGGUUUGGUUUGUUGAUGUAACUGAACUAGUUUAACAACAUUUCCAGCACCAUUUGUCAUGCCAUCUUCAGUUCGUACAUUCAUGACAAAGUGUGUUCUUUCACCCUCAGCAAGACAAAGGGUUGAGGCUAACUGUUUUGUUUUUCUUGGAUCAUUGGGUAUUUGUCUUAGUAUUUUGUUUCUUAGCUCUGGAGAGAUAGCUCCAAUAACACUAUCUAGAGCAUUUAUUGUGAAUUUGUUUCCUGUGGCUGCAUUAUGGGCCCUUUGAUUAAAUUCAUCGACUUUAGCAUUCUGUAUAAAUAAGUGAGGUGCAUCUAUUGGGUUGUUGAUGUCUUCUUGUAUAGCUCUCUUUAAGUUUUGCAAUGUCAGCUACUGUGUGUUUACCUUUAUGCAACCUAUUAAGUAAUUCCACAAACAAUUUGCUGUCUCUUUGACCCAUGAUUUCAUUAAGUUCAAACAUUUUAAAGUGUUUAUGCCAUAAACUGGGAGAAAGAACAGCAUAAAUCUACAUUUUUGAGGUCUUUGAAAAUAUAAGCAUCCAUAACAGAUUCUAAUUGGAAUAAGUCACCAAUAGCAAUUAUGCUCACACCUCCAAAAUCCUCUCUACAGCCUUUUAUAUCUUUAAGCCUAUUGUUUAGCUGUAUUGCAAAUUACCAUUACCAUUUCCUACCAUUGAGAUUUCAUAAAAAAAAAUCAAUUGACUUCUCAAAGUGUUUAGUCUACUUGAAUGAAGCUGUUUGUAAUGUCUCAGUGAUUGAUUGGCAGCCAGAGUGCUAUGAAGAGUGUUACCCAUAAGCUUUACCAGUUGGAGCUAAUAGUAUAACUUUGAUCUGAUGAAAAUCAUCACCAGCUCUAGUGUUAUAAUAUUUAAGAGAGUGUCUCUGUAAGAGCGGUCCGGUCGAUUUUGCUUGAGACACGGAUUUCGCUCAUUUCUUGUGUGUUGUAAGACAUCCAUGUACCUACACUAAAACCACAAUCCGUUUGAUCGGAUCUCUUUAUUUUUCAGAGUUUUACGGAAAUUAAAUUUCACUCGAGCGAAGGCUUGUCGUGACACUUUUCAAGACUUUAAUUUAAGACAACUUUGAAGGACAAUUUACAAAAAACUACGGAACUAAGCAAAAAAUAAAUACCACAGCCAUGUAUAUUAACUCUAUCUUAUCCAUCGAGGCGACUUUCGUGAACAUCACGUUUCAAUCAAGGAAACAGGAAGACUUGACUUAUCCGUUCGCUUAAGUCACACAUGCCAAAACCGAUCAAAUUCAAUGUAAACUUUUGAAAAAGUGAGGCGUUCUUAACUGAUCCAACUAACAUAGCUAGGAAGUAAGUGCUAUAGAAAAGGUAACUACAGAAAAAAACUUUGCGGCCCGACCUUUACGAAAACUUUAUAACUCCGUGAACUUACCUAAUUUUCGGCAAUCUCCAAGUUUAGCCGCCAUUUUGAGGAUUUGUCAACAAGAAGCGUAACUGAUAUAAAUCAAGCAGGUAGAUCUAAAACCGACAGAAAUACAUACGAAAGCAAUUCAAAUGAACUUUACUUUCAAUUCAAGCGGCAAAAUUUGAAAUUUUUCGUUAAACUUACCAUUCCUACAUCCCCAUGCGACCAAUUCUUCCAACAGUUAAUACACUACAACUAGUGUUCGAAUUCCCUUCGUCGAUUCCAUCGUAAGAAAUAACCUGUGCCACUCAAACUUCGACUAGAAUGUGAAGUACGAAUCAAAUAACAUAACUGCUUCAUCUUGGAGGCAAUAUCACGCUGGUAUUUUGAUUUUCUGAUAGACAAGAACGGUAAUCAGGUAGCGAUCGCCAUGUUUACCUCAUAGAACUGAUCGCUGACCAGCCGCUGAGUGAAAACAAUACGGCUCAGUGGUGAGGGGCGGGGUGUGGGGUGGGUGCGGGCAGAUUAUCAAAGGAUUUUUGGGAACAUUCGAACAUAUGCAUUAAAGUAUCAUAAUAAGCAUUAGGACUGUCAGUUUUAAUGCGAAGGCAUGCUUCGUGUUGCAGACAACUUUUGCUUUGCUUAGUAUUCUUUUUUCUUUCAAGUACAUUUCGUUCCAAAUAGGACUGGCGUCAAUUCAUAGAUUUAUAAACAAAUCUUUACCAUGUAAAUAAAUGUUUUUAGGUAAUCGAGAUAACCAUUGAACCUCUUGUAUCGCUUUAGAAGUAAAGUGUCUUGUCUUUGCCCAACUCUGAGAGCGUGGAGCGGCAAAGACGCGAGACACGAGUCUCGCGUCUCGCGGCUUCUCCAUGCUCAGAGGAUACGCGUGACCUCACUAUCUUUAAGAAAAAAAAGGGACUGCUCGGAGUCUGUAUUCCGUUCAACCAUCUCAUAAGAGUGACGCGAGUCUUUUCAAUUGAAUGAAAAAGUCACAAACCCAUUCUUUACCUCACGAGCGUAACCACUGACCACUCACGAAUUCACUCAGUAAGCUUCUCCUUUGGCGCGGAAAUUGAAAUCGUAUCGAGUAAACAAAGUUAUAGUGAGUUCCUUUAGAUCUCCCGGAGCUCCCAAAGCGAUACAAGUUCGGCCCGAACUUGUAUCGCUUUGGAAACAAUUACAAGUACAGGAAGAAGUCGUUCGUUAGCGAGACGUUCAUUAUGUCUCAGGACUAAUUUUUAAAUAGCAAAGAUGGAAAAAACUUUGGUUCAUCGCAUGGCUUAAGUGAUUUUGUACGACUGUCUGAAUGCAAUGAUGAAGUAAAACAUCAUUUGAUAAGCUGCCACCUGUCUAAAGAGGUCUUAUGUGAAAAUGAGCUAAUCUUGGCAAGGACUGGCCUAUUUCACCUCGCUCAGGAGGGUAAACAAAAAAAUUUGGAUUAGCUAUAGGCAUCGCCACGCUUUGGGGAAGUUUUGGAGAAGUGCAAAUGUAACAUGUCAGUAUCCUGAUCAUGAUGGUGUCAGGAAGCGUAUCCAAGGCAGAGAUGUAAUUACCCUGCAUAUGUCUCAGGACAUUCAAAAGCUGUUUGGAGGUAUUAUUCCAGUUGAAUCAGGUAGUCCUCAGUAAAAUUUUCUGUUAUCUAUUUUGUCUCAUGACAUAUCUGCUCGAAAAGAGAAGAAACUCCUUAUUAGAUUAAGGGUACUUAAGUACACAUCACGUUACAUGUACAAUGUUGCUUGGUUGAUAAUCAAUAAUGUUUUUCAAGAAGAUCAAAUCACCUGAAAACGCAAUACACUUAUUCAUGCAUACGGUUCACAAUUAUUUGCGGUCAGUUUUCCUCAGUUUGUAUGAUUCUCAUAAACCAGUAUGAUUAAAUUUGCAGACUAAACCACCCCUUAUUUGAUUUAGAAUAAUAAAGUAAAUAGUGCAUGUCGGUUUUCAAUUCCUGAUGGAUGCUACUGGGCUUCACUUUAACUGAGAAAUUUGCAAUCGCUUACCUCAGCUCUGUGGCCCAUACCGUAAGAAGCACAAGAAAAAAGUUGAUGAUAGUGAGUCUUGGCUGAGACAAGAAGAAUUAGAGAAGAAUCUACGGUCCUCAGAAACGCCACUUUUAAACACGAGACAACUAAGGUAAAUUGAAUUAAGUGGUAUUUGUUUUUUUGAAAACUAUCGUUUAGAUUAUAAGAUACGCGAAUUACUCUCCCCACCGAUUUUUUCUUACAUUCUGUUAAUCAAAAAUUUCAGUAAUUAUUAAGGCUUUCUUGUUGAUCUUCUUAAUAGUAACAGUUUCCAGGAUCCAAGGGGAGCAAAAGAGAGAACAAUUUUCUGUGUUGUUUGGUAAGGCAACGUGCUGGCUUUAUACUUCUUCCGGCGUGAUAACGAUAAUGAUGACAACGAUGGGUAAAAAGCACUGUCCGCUAUUAAUGACGAUCAUCAUAGUUAUAAACAAAUCUCAGUUAUAGUCCUGAAAAUAAUCUAAAUCGGCUUCAUAUCGCCAGAAGUCAAAGUUGCUCACACACAUUCUAAGGUUCGUGCGAUUUUACGACGAAUUUUCAAUUCAGGUGUGUUGCGCGCGCGACUUUUGAUAGAAAAAACCUGCACGCGCUAUAACUUAAAAAAAAACGUGUCAGCUGAAUGAAUCAAAUCUCUAGCAUUUUGCAUACAUUCUUGGGAACUGCAAAAACGAAUUAGAACAAACAUUCUAAAUAUAGCGUUCAUUCCGUGCAAUGGGGCAUUGACAAAAAGUUCUGGUGGAGAAGACACCUUAUUUUAUACCACUGAUGACGAGCAAAAAAGGUCAUAUGGUACCCCGGUUAAAAAUAUAUAUUGAUAACUCUAUUAAUUAAUACCAGUUCUAAUGUAAAGGAGAAAGUUAUGAGAUAAAAUAAAAAUUGUCUGUACCACGAAGCAUGCCUCCACUGUUUAGGCUGGGAGUCCAGAAGCUUUUUAAGCAUGUAUUCGAAUAUCUUAUGGCAGUAAGCCCGCCGCCCACCCCCCACCCUACCCCACGCUAUACCAUUUUCACUCAGCGGCUGGUCAGCGGUCACGUUUAUGAGGUAAACAUGGCGAUCGCUUCCUGAUUACCGUUCUUGUCGAUCAGAAAAUCAAAAUACCAGCGUGAUAUUGCCUCCAAGAUGAAGUAGUUAUGUUAUUUGAUUCGUACUUCACAUCCGAGUCGAAGCUUGGGUGACACAGUUUAUUUCUUACGGUGGAAUCGACUAGGGGAAUUCGAACACUAGUUGUAGUGUUUGAAUUGUUGGAAGAAUUGGUCGCACGGGGAUGUAGGAAUGGUAAGUUCAACGAACAGUUUCAAAUUUUGCCGCUUGAAUUGAAAGUAAAGUUCAUUUGAAUUGCUUUCGUAUGUAUUUCUGACGGUUUUAGAUCUACCUGCUUGAUUUAUAUCUGCAACGCUCCAUAUUGACAAGUCCCUCAAAAUGGCGGCUAAACUUGGAAAUUGCCGAAAAUUAGGUAAGUUCACGGAGUUAUAAAGUUUUCGUAAAGGUCGGGCCGCAAAGUUUUUUUCUGUAGCUACCUUUUCUAUAGCACUUACUUCCUAGCUAUGUUAGUUGGAUCAGUUAAGAACGCCUCACUUUUUCAAAAGUUUACAUUGAAUUUGAUCGGUUUUGGCAUGUGUGACUUAAGCGAACGGAUAAGGUCAAGUCUUCCUGUUUCCUUGAUUGAAACGUGAUGUUCACGAAAGUCGCCUCGAUGGAUAAGAUAGAGUUAAUAUACAUGGCUGUGGUAUUUAUUUUUUGCUAAGUUCCGUAGGUUUUUGUAAAUUGUCCUUCAAAGUUGUCUUAAAUUAAAGUCUUGAAAAGUGUCACGACAAGCCUUCGCUCGAGUGAAAUUUAAUUUCCGUAAAACUCUGAAAAAUAAAGAGAUCCGAUCAAACGGAUUGUGGUUUUAGUGUAGGUACAUGAAUGUCUUAUAACACACAAGAAAUGAGCGAAAUCCGUGUCUCAAGCAGAAUCGACCGGACCGCUCUUACAGAGACACUCUCUUAAGCACUGCCUGAUACAAAUCUUUUGUUAAAUGCGAUUUGCCAACACCAGCCCCUCCACUGAGGAAGCAGUAGAAAGGGGUUUCUGAGGUUUUAAUCUGAUGUAAAAUGUGAUAAAAAAUUCUUUUUGCUCUUUAUCGGGUGUCUGGACCAUUUGACGAAAAUCGAAAUCAGGUAAUUCAUUCAAUAUCAGUGGUUCAUUAUUCAGCGAUGUUGAUAUCAUCAGAGAGGUCAUAGUUUUCACUUAAAUCAGGAUGUAAAUCUUCAUGAGAUCCAAUCCUUGAACGGAAUUGGUCAAUGGAGAUCCCCAUAUUUACUUGUGUGCUUGAGCGAGCAACAACAACAAUCCAACUAACUAGAAACUCAGUUUAUUAAAAUAGAUAACACUCUUGACAGUUCAAGGCAAACAAUAGUUUCUUUCAGUUUGUGACACUUUGAGACACUCGUGAGACAUUUUGAGACACUCGUGAGACACUUUGAGACACCCUGAGACUCUUUGAAGCGCAACCCGCACAAAUACAUUCAAGCCGACAAAUGUUAGCUUGCGAGAGUACAAUGACUCCUUUCAAUCUGGCACAACCCGCACCGAAGGUCCAAGCCGAUAAAUGUUGGCUUGUGAAAACGUAAAAGCUCCUGUGCAACCUGCUCUGAACACAAGCCGCGUUUCAGCGUGUUGGCUUACGUGAAAAAAUCUUCUGUUAUAGACACCUGAAGAAAUAACGAAACAAACGCCUCAGAUUAUGAAAGAAAGAACACAAACCAGGUGUACAAACGUAAUCGCCUUUCGUGAGAGCUUAAUCGUGAAGCUCCCACAACAAAAUUGAAAAGUUAAAGCACGCAAAGAACCCGUGAAAAUAUGAAAUGACUUAUCCUUACCUUGGAAACGAAAAUCCCCAAGAAACAAAUAUAAAAUUCCGAAUAAGUUCUCCAAAACCCAACGACUGAGAAGAGAAAUGGCCGCCGUACAAUACACUAUGAAAAAACGCUGACUGGAAUCCAAUCUUCACGGCUCACUGAACGCAAAUAGAAACCACGUGACAAGCACUUCUCUCUCGUGGACAAAUAAAUAAAGAAAUAAAUUUCGCGGGCCUUGACUAAGUGUGGGAAAUCCCACACAAAAAUCAGUAAUGAGGUGCAUAAACAACAAUUACCCCUGCCAAACAUUUUUCAAUAUUCAACAAUCAUUUGAUGGUAAUGAAUAUAUAUGCAAGACAUGUCAUUCAAAAGUCAUAUACGGAGAAUUACGAUGUCGAGCUGUUGUGAAUAAUAUGUAUGUUGACGAAACACCCACACAACUGGCUUCACUAGAAAAACUAGAACAGGUACUGAUUGAUUCACAAUUUUCGAUCCUCUAGAGCUACUUAGUUUUCGUUUCGUUUUCCGUCACGUUUACAAGCUCACAAAAAAGUUCGGAAUAUCCGUUGUAAUAUUCACUUGCGAACCGGUUGUUACGAUAUCUAGUUGAUUGCGUCAGAGCUAUAAAGUUUAGUUGGUAAAAAGCACAUGGUGACGGCUGUUUUACAUCACCGGUCACCUGCAUAUCAAACUGAACCUUGCACACGGCAGCUGAUUAACAAAAAUUUAUUAUUCAAAAAACACUGCGACAACACACACAAGUAAAUACUGCUCGACAUCGACAUAACACAUGCUAUCGAAGGAUCUGCUGAAGAUUAGAUCAGCUGAAAGUAGAAAAUGAAAAAGCGACAAACCUCGCUAAAGCGGAAUCAAAUUUCUAACGUCUAUAAAUAAGGUAUCAGCUUAAAUGUAGUAACAAGAACCUAGCCAAUGGAAAAAAAUUAAACUGUUUAAUUCUUUUACCCAGAUGAUCAAUUUGACGGCUAUACGACACGAUAGACAUUCGCAAUCUUGAAAAUUCAAAGGCGAAAAUAGAUUGAAAACUGUCGAUGGAAGCAUAGACUGAGUUAAAUAUGACAGUUAAGUAAAACUAAAUUUCUAAGAAUACAAUAUUCGUUCUGAAAAAUUUAUGAAAAUGGCCGGACUUAUCUAUCUCCGCGUGAAAUCUGUGUCUAAUUUUUGUUUUUGUUUGAACAACGAAAGAAAAGUGGAAAUACACAGCGUACUGAUCAUUCUAUACUUCACGUACUCCUUAAUUAAAACGUUUGAAACUAUCCCUAAAAAAAUGCUAACAUAACAUUCAGUAACUCGACUACGGUUGCAUUUAUGUAAGUGGAAAUUAAACAGAAGGAUAUUCAUUUCAUCGAAACAGUUCUGUUUGGAGAAGAUGCCUCUCAGGUUACUUUUAUUAGAACUUGUUCGGUUGUCCAGCGUUUAUUGCAGCUGGCAUCGGCGCCGCUUGAGCUUGUCCCGGCGGUGGAGGAUAUUGGUUUGAUGGCGGUGGAUAGCUCGGGUAAGGCGGAGGAGGCUGAUUAAAGCCUUGAGGAGGCGGGUUGUAACCAGCUGGAGGAGGCUGAUUGUAGUUCACCGGCGGAGGAGGAUGUACUUGUUGCGUAGACAUGUGUGUAUGAGUUGAGACGAUCUGUUGUGGCUGUUGGCCGGUGACGAUCACAGUACCGGGUGUACGAUAGCGGUAGUAGGGGCAACAAGCACAGCAGAGACAAGACACAAUGGAAAUGAUGAUUGCGAAGAAAAUAAUUGUGCCGAUAAUAGCGCCUGCAAUAGCUCCGCCGCUCCAACCACAGUAUGAUGACGAACAAACUCCCCCACAACAAUCCUCUCCAACGUCACAAUCGGAGUCGUACGUACAGUAACAAGAAGACGAACUACUAAUGCAUGUGCUACUACAGCACUGCUCACCAAUGCCACAAUCGAGGGUGGACGAACAGGAACAAGUGGACCAACUACUGAUGCAUUUGUUAUCACAGCAUUGUUCGUUCGUCCCACACUCGCCGUCGGACGAACAGUAGUAACAUCUCUCUCUACAGACUCCAUCUGUACAACAGGACUCACUAUAGGAACAAUCGCUUUUGAAGGUACAGUAGGUAGCACUUCCCAAGGUAAAGAAACAGACGAAAAGAAAGCAUAA